UAUUAGAUGAUCACGCAGAUUCAGAAAGACGCUCUCUGUGUGCACGCGAGUGUACAUACACGAGGGAUUGUUCGUGCUGAGCGUCCGAGAACACCACGAGCAGCAGAAAGGGCCUGCCACGAGUCGGUUUCUCACGAGCGCUCUGUUUGGAACUUUCGAGGCACAAUCCGCCAAGGAAUGCUGCCCUGAAGUGAUUUGUGCACACGCACCCCGGGCAACAGUGGGAAAAGAGGAAGGGGCUGUGCGCUGACCAGAACAGAAGUGAGGCGCAGCGGGAACUGGUCACCCUUCGGCUUGGGGUGUGUGAACUGGAGGGCGGUAACUUUGGAAGAACUAACGGGGGUGGGGAGGAGGAGGUUGAAGAUUCUUGCGUCAGUAAAAGACCUUCGCUGAAGCUAAAAGGGGAAUAAGAAGAGUCCACGGGGAAGCGAAAGAUAGGCGAGUCAAGAAGAAAAAUAGGAGAGGAAGGGGGAAGAGUCCAAGGAGACAGAAGCCUUCUGGAAGGCAACUAAAACUCAGGCGUGUCUCUCCCUUGCGCCUCGUCGGUUUCCUCGCGAGCCAAGUGAGCCGGUGGCGAGCCAGCUCUGGCGGGAAUGGAGCUGCGCCCGAAGCCCCUCAGGUGGACUAUCGUGCUUCUCCUGUCUCUCUGCGGCUGCCUCGGCCAGUCCAGGCCGGUCUUGCGCUCCAGUCGGCCUGGCGUCAGAAGCAAAAACUGGUGUGCCUACAUAGUGAACAAGAAUGUGAGCUGCUCUGUGCUGGAUGGCACUGAGAGUUUUGUUCAAGUUCAGUACAAAUGUGCCUGGAACCAGAUCCCCUGCCCACACACUCCUGUGUAUCGUACAAGUUUCAGACCUAAAUAUACAGUAGCAUAUAAAACAGUAACAGAACUGGAAUGGAGAUGCUGCCCUGGAUACAUGGGUGUAGAUUGCAAAGAAGGCGCACCACAAGAGCCAAGGCCUGUUGUUUAUCCAGCAGAGCUACCAGCAGAUGAUAUCAAGACAAGCUUGGGUAACAUUUCUUUGGAUCUUGACUCUAAUCCAAAGCUAGAACAAAAGGACUUGCAGGAUAAAAAAAUGCAGCUCCUUGAGGAUGAAGUGUUCCGACUUACACAGACUGUUCUAGAGCUUCAGUCCUCCUUAACAGGUGUGAAUGAAAACCUAAAGCUUUCUGUGCAAGAAGAUGCAAGUCGGAUGCUUGUAUUAUGGUUGAACAACCUUCAUGAUCAUCCAGGGCCUGAUAGUAUGGCUGAGGGUGAAACAGAGAAUGUUAAUCCAUUUAGAAAUAAAGAUAAAAAAGAAUCUGGAAUAGAAAUGGUAAAACCUGAACAAGUAGAUGUCUUGAUGGAGAAAAAUGACAAGCUGGAAGAACUGAAGGGGAAAGUGAAUGGCUAUGAAGGACAAUUGAAACAGCUCCAAGAAGCAGCCCAGGCCCCAACAGUAAUGAUGCCCAGUGGCCAGUUAUAUCAGGAAUACAUAGAUGCUAAGUUUGAAGCCCUGAGAGAGGAAAUGUUGGAAGGAUUUGAGAAGAAAAUGGCAGAUCUGAAAAAUUCCUGUGAGUACAAACUAAUGGAUAUUCAGCAGCACUGUGAUGAUCAUGAAGCCAGCUGUUUAGGAAUAAGAGAACUUAUUGGAGAAAAAGAAAAUGGCCUGAGAAAAGAAAUAAAACAUCUUCAGACUCUUAUCAAAGCACCAUCAAACCAGUCAUUUUGUUGCAGUGAUACAGAAAGGAAUGACUUUGGACAGCAGCUAAAACAUUUGGGUGAAAAGAUUGACAGAACUACAGAAGCAAACAGGAUUUUAAAUGCCAGAAUAGAUAAUGAAAUAAAACACAUUUCCACUCCAUAUUUGGAAGACAACUUUGAUGCAAAAUGGGAGGAAGUAGAAGCCAGGAUCAAUGUUACAGAGAGAAAUGGUGAACAACACUGCUUUUACAUUGAAGAAACUCUUCGUGAUGUUAUAGCUACAGAAGUUGAUGAACUAAGAGACUUACUUGACAAAAAGCUUCAGGCACUGGAAACCAGUCUGGGUGCUACUAUUCUAAAUACUGCUAACACCACAGAUCGAGAUGAGAGAGUUACUGGUCCAGGAUCAAUCUUACACAGUAACUUGGAAUCUGAAAAUGAUCAGUUUGCCUCUGAGAUUAAUAUUGUAAAGAACAAACUACAAGACAUUGAAAAUUUUUGCUGGCAGAAAUGCCAGUCUGUACCUCACAAUGUGGAGGGCCUCCAGAGGGACAUAGAAAACUGUAACAGUAAAUAUGAUCAAUUGUUUUUUAAAACAGAGGAUAAUUCUGCUCUUUUAAAAUCUUUAAAUGGUUCUGUAAGUGAGAAAUUUAAUUUAAUUAAAGGCAGCCAACGUGACAUUCAGAAACUUCAAAAGGAGUUGCAAAUGGUUCGUUAUGGUCUGAAUGUCAUUGAUAACAGUGUUAAAAAACUUCAGGGUGGUUUGAGCAGCUGUAAUGAGCAACUUCUAGGUAUCAAUUCGACAUGUGAAAAGACACAGCUUGGUGUGUUCAGAAAGAUAGAUGAAAUACAGAAAACAGUGGGCAGUCAAGCUGGCCCAAAUAGUAAUUGUUGUGAUGACUUGAAGGAGAGGAUGGAACAGCUGAACGAGAAAGUAUUUUAUAACCUGAACAAAUGUCAAGAGAAAUUGCCUGGUGUUUCAGAUUUGGAGGGAAGAGUGUCUCAUGUUGAAAAAACCUGCAACAAAUUAGAUUCUGUGUCUAGCAGCCUUCAAAGGAUAAAGGAGGGAUUAAACAAACAUGUCUCCAGUCUCUGGAACUGUGUCAGUCAGAUGAACAGAACCAUAAUAUCCCAUUCUAAUGAUAUUUUUGGUCUCAAGAAUUCUGUCCAACAGUUCCACAGUCAGUUCCACAAAUUCGCUGUUGACGUUCAAGAUCACAUGCAAACUCAACCUGCUACGUCUGAAAAGCCAGCUACGCUACCACCAAGGAAACCACAAGGAAAGUUUCCUCUGCUACCAUCAGAUCCUAGAAAACCAUUACAACCAUCUCAACCAGGAACACAUCCAGCACCAUCACAGCCAAGGACACCAUUGCAGCCACAACCAGGAGAACAGGUGCAACCAUCACAACCAAGAACACCCCUACAGAUUCCGGAACAAAGAAUCCCUUUGCAGCCAUCACAUCCACAAGUAAUCAUACAGCCACCAUGGCAAGAAACACCUCUUCAGCCACCAGAUUCCAGAACUCCUCUACGACCAUCGUUGCCAGGAUCAACACCAGGCUCACCUUCCUUGCCUGGGUCAAAUGGGGUAUUUAUGGAAACUGGAGAGGCAGGACCUCCUGGUACAGUUUCAAUGGGAGGAAGAGGACGGCCAAAAAGUAUAGAUGGCCAGAAUAACAUGCUUAUUUCUGAAGGAUAUGCUGGAGCACCAGGUUAUCCAAAACCACCACAACCUCCGUCUGCAGCCACACAAGGAGCAGCAGUUACUUCGCUGGUGUCAUUCUCUGCUGGUCUCACUCAGAAGCCUUUCCCUAAUGAUGUGGGUGUGGUACAUUUUAACAAAGUGCUUGUAAAUGAUGGAAAUUAUUAUAACCCUAAAACAGGCAUCUUUACAUCUCCGUAUGAAGGUCGUUAUCUGAUCACAGCUGUUCUAGCUCCUGAGAGAGAUGAAUACAUAGAAGCUGUGCUGUCUGUUUCCAAUGUGAGUAUUGCUCAGCUCCACACAGCUGGCUAUAGAAGAGAGUAUCACAAACCAAGAUCAGGGAAACGGACUUGUGGUGGAACUGGGGCUUUUCAUCUUGUUCUUCACCUCAAAGCUGGAGCUGAAGUAAGCAUUGUAGUUACUGGGGGCAAGCUGGCUUACACAGACUCUGAAGAAAUAUUCUCCACAUUCAGUGGAGUGUUUCUAUAUCCUUCCAUUUCUCGGGUGUAGGGUAUGCUUGAGGAGGAUAGCUGUAUUAAAUGAUGAAGCUUUAAUAUUUUAUUUCUCUCUCAUUUUUUCUCACCUUCAAGUCUUUUGUUUUAAGUGCAGUCUUUACAUGAUUAUAUGUUCUUUCCUUCAUUUGGCUUUCUUUUAGAAGAUCAUGGACAUUUAAACAUCUUAAGAAAGAAAAGUAGUUACUAUGGGGUAUCAGUGUAAGAUGUUCAAAGUAAAUUAUGUGACGUUUAUUAACUUUAAAAAUAAGAAAAUUUAUAAUGGCAAUCCUGAGAUAUGGAAACUAGCUAAAUAAAUGUUAAAAUAUUCCAUCCUUAUGAAAAACUAUCUUGUCAUCUUGCAUUAUCCCUAAAAUGCUGAAAAUAGCAAAGGACUAAAGAUGUCCUAUUUGAACUAGCUCUUGAAAAUUAUUCUGGUGGUGGUGGUAACAACAUUUGUAUUGGACUUUCAAGUAUUCAGAGUGCUUAGCAUGCAUUAACUAGUUGUUAAUAACCUUGUAAAUCAUAUUGUUAUCUACAUGUUGCAGAUGGGGGGGGCACAGAGUGAGAUAACCUAUUCUCUUUCAGCCCAAGGCCACCUAGUAAGUUCAUGGAAGAGGCGAGAUAUGAACUGGGGACUAUCUGGCUUACAUUCAACUAAGUCCUUCUCAGAGUAGACCCAUUAAAAUUAAUGAGCCUAAGUCAGUCACGUCUAUUAAUUUCAGUGGGCCUGCUCUGAAAAGGAUUAGCAGUGAACACCUCCCAAUUCAUAGUUCAGUUUCUUCUCCACUAUGCUAGGAAUACCAGAAGUAACACAGAACUAUUAAUUCUUGAAGAAAAGUUCUUAAAUGUAAUUUUCUGCCCUGUCUUGUACCAUUUAUAAUAUAGCAUCUGAUGUUGAAUUAAUGGGGGGGGGGGCUAGUUCACCUAAAACCACUUUUACUUGACACUACUUUAAUGUGAGAGCAAACGUCACCCAGCAUGGUCCCAAUAGCAUCACCCUCAUGUGAUUUUUUUUGUAGCAGACUAUGCUAAAAAAACAGACAAGCCGAACAGGACACACCCUCAUUUAUUUUUCCCGUCCCCUACUUGGUAAUCUACUAAUGAUGUUCAGAACAGUUACUCCCUACAGCUAAGGAAAUCUCCCCUUGUGAAUUAGGCUUUUAAAAGUUAUUUCAUUUGCCUUGUCCCUUGAAGUCUUGGAAAUAGCUCUGCCUUUAUUUCACAAUUGUGAAAGCUACCCCCUUAAAUACUCUUUCUAAGCAACACAAAGCAAACUUCCACCUGAAAGUUUACAUUUUCCUACAUACAUUUCUUCAUAGUGUAUUGUUCUACUUUAUGAAAAACACCAUACAUUUUAUUUUUUUAAAAAAUACUAAAUCUUACAUUUCAGUCAAAUUAUUACGAACUUGUAGCCUUCCUUAAAAAGAUGGAGCUAUGUGCAGUUGUUCUGUAGGUUAUGACCAACUUUAUCACUGAUAAUACAGAUACCUUUUUCUCCACUGUGGUUUCAGCCUUGCUUUUUUCCAAAGUUAAAUUGGAAGCAAAUCUAUACAGACAUGAUAGAAGACUAUUGCUGUUCUCUGGAAGUGGGCAGGAGCCCUUCAUUAAGCAAUGGGCUCAUCCAGACCAUACUAAAAAUUCGGAAUCGUCUGCUGGUACUCCAAAACUGAUUGCUUUCCACUUUCUCCAUUCUUUAUCCACUUUCUCCAUUCUUGUAUGCAUGCCCUUUUUUGUUUACAAACGCUCCCUCCUUCCUCCUUAUCU